ACCCCUUCAUUCUCAAUGGGGCAGGAAUGGAUGCGGAGAGCCCGAUCUUCCGGUCCGCAGCUCUGGGAAACAAUAGAACAUGUCUUAUUCUUGUCUGCAAUCGCGGACAAUAGGCAGUUCUAUGGGGGCGCCGGCCGGGUGUGGGAAUGGACCCAUAAAGGUAAUACAAACGGAUCCCUUCUGAACGGAUCCGCACAAAACGCGAGUGUGAAAGUCGCCUCAGCCUGUUGUGUAAUAGCUGUGCCCGGGGCGGGGGGCGGAGUGCUCUGCUCCUCCCAGCGACUCCUUCCAGCAGCCGCCUCCUGCUCAGACCAGAACUUCCAGCUGCCCCCAGACACAUUCCUCAGCUGCGGCCAGGUUGCAUACAAUGGCCUCUCUGUGCUGGACCCUUUGUCCUCCUCUGGGGUGAGCGUGGACCCUACUGUGGAUUGUCUUCUCCAAACCUCCCUGAUGGGGCCUUUCGGUGCGAUCCUCGUCAUCAUCCUCUGGGCCUCCUUGGCCUCUACGUGGCAGUGUCCAGACAUACCCUUCCAGUCUCUGGAUCGUGACGUCCAAUAUGAGCUGCCUCGCUUCACCGCUCCAGGCACCAUCCAAAACGUGGCCGCCAGGGAAGACGAAGGCUCCUUACUGUUCCUUACGACUACCAACCGCCUGCACGUGGUGAGAAGCUCCGACCUCCACCACCUGCAGGAUCUCAUCACCGGCCCCACCCAGAACUCGGGGUGCGCGCUCUGCUCCGGGUGCAUGAUGGGUAGUGCCCUCCCGAAGCAGGGGCAGAACACGGACAGCGAGGUGCUGGUGGUGGAUCCGGAGGAGAGCUUCCUGUACAGCUGCAGCUCCUCUUUCCACGGACUUUGCUUUGUACAUGAGUUCAAUGACUCUGCGAUCGUGAAAUCUUCCUGUCUGUUCCGGGAGCAGGGGAACGCCCCGUCGUUGUGCCCAGACUGUAUCGCCAGCCCCCGGGGCACCAUGGUCACCGUGGUACAGUACAGGCGGCACGUCUACUUCUAUGUGGCAUCUUCUGUGGAUUCUAAUGUGACAAAGGAUUACGGCACCACCUCGCUGUCCAUCCGGCGGCUCCUCACUUCUCAGGACGGGUUUUCCGGUGAUUUCCACUCGCUGACGGUCAUCCCGCCGUUCCUGGACACUUACCUCAUCCGCUACGUUUACACCUUCAGCACCGCAGGUUACGUCUACUUCUUGACUGUGCAGCGAGAAAGCCUAGAGUCCCGAACCUAUCAGAGCCGACUUGUGCGCCUCAGCGCCGAAGAGCAAGACCUGAAGAGCUAUCGGGAGCUGGUUCUGGACUGUCGUGUGGAGGAGAAGCGGCGUCGCAGGUCAGAACCCAGAACCUUCAAUGUCCUGCAGGCGGCCCACGUCGUGGGGGUGGGGAAGGACCUGGCCACGGAGCUGGACCUGCAGCCCGACGACCUCGUGCUCUUUGCUGCAUUUGCUCAGAGCGAAACAAACAGCGAAAAACCCCUCAGAAAAUCAGCGGUGUGCGCCUUCCCGCUGCGGCUCAUCGAGCGCUCCAUCCAGGAGGGAAUGAAGAAAUGCUGCAGCAUCGAGUACACGGAGAGACUGUCCCGAGGCCUCCGCUACUACCAGGACAACCACUACUGCCCGCAAAACGUGAGUGACUCUGCCCCGGUCCCUGACCGCAGUUGCUGGGCUGUUCCGACGCUGGUGACUCCGCCGUUGGCUCGCCUGGAUCUGUUUAAUGGACGUUUGAACGGGACGCUCCUGACCGCCUUGUUUGUCACCACCAAUGACAGUAUCACCGUCGGUCACCUCGGCACCUCGGACGGCCGCAUGCUGCAGGUCAUCCUGCAGCGUAACAGUAAACCGCUGUUCCUGUCCAACUUCUCGCUGAGCGCCAGUCACCCGGUGUCACGUGACGUCACCCGCAUCGGGGACGACCUCCUUUUCAUCACUGGGGACCAGGUGACCAAGGUCAGCGUCAGGGGCCCCGGCUGCCGCCACCUCCUCAGCUGUAGCCGCUGCCUGCGGGCCCCUCGCUUCAUGGGCUGCGGAUGGUGUAACAAUGGCUGCUCUCGAAGGGAGGAUUGUGAAGGAGGAUGGAACCAGGACACCUGCCCCCCUAUAAUCACUGACUUUUAUCCCCGUGUGGCUCCUCUGCGCGGUCGGACAAACAUCACCAUUUGCGGCAGAGAUUUCCAGUCUCACAAGGUCUUUUAUGGGCCCCCCAAUUCACAGAUCAUGGCGCAGACUCACCAGGUGUUUGUGGGGCAGCGGCCGUGCUCUGUGGACCCACUAAAGAGCAGCAGCAGAAGCCUGGUGUGCACGUUACAGACACAGGGGCCGCCGGAUGCCGCCUCUCCCGCUGACAUCACCGUAACAAUUAGAGAAAAUCUGAACAACGUGGCCUAUUCCGUGGAUGGCAGUGCCACAGUCAGCGGGUUCAGCUACGUGGAGCCGCUGCUGACGUCCGUGUCUCCGUCUUUUGGACCUGUGGCUGGAGGGUCUCGUCUCACUCUGAAGGGCCAGAACCUGAGUGCGGUGGAGAAUCGGCGCGUCUAUAUCGGAGACGCGGAGUGCACCGUGUACAGCCAGUCGUGUCCAGCAAGUGACCUGUGCUGUGUGUCCCCUCCCGUCUCCUUCCUGGGACCCACAGACAUCAUCCUAUGGUUGGACGGAGCUCAGACUCCUCACCCUCAGUCCUUCACCUACAAGCCAAACCCAAUCGUCAGUAGUAUCCAACCCAACUGCAGCCUAUCCCGGGGAAGCUCUCUGACCAUUCAGGGCUCGAACCUGGAUUCUGUGUCCAGUAUAACGGUCUGGUAUCAGGGCAGGAAGCAGGUGUGUGACCAGGCCUUCACCCCCAGUCGCGUCCUCUGCAGCACCCCCUCCACCUUGGAUGAGAAGACGCCCACCCGGCGGUUCGGGGUGCUGGGUCUGCAGCUGGACGGCUACUCCUAUAACUACUCCGGGAACUUCCCCUCCUUUAAUUACACCAUUUACCCGUUUGAAAAUGACAACCGUUUCCAACUGAAAAAGGGGGACAACGAGAUCGAGGCGCACCACAUCUUCCUGGCUCGACUGAACGGCUGCCUCAAUGUCUCCAUGACGGUGGACGGCCGGGAGUGCUACCCCAAAGUCCUGGAGAAUGAGAUCACCUGCAGGAUCCCAAAAGAUGUGGUCAUCCCCUCAGAGGGGGCAGUCGUCCAGGUUUGUGUUGACGGUUUUUGCACGGAUUUGGGUCACGUGGUUGUGGUCACUCUGCUGGAGCCGGUCCUGGGAAUUGCGCUGGGGACAGUCGCCUCCAUAGUGGUCGUCGCCGUUUUAAUUUUCCUUCUACUAAAGGAAAGAAAAAAAGGAAAGAAGAAAGUAGCGGAAAACCUGGAACUGCUGGCAAAUAACCGAGAAGUGGUCGCCUCUCCGAUCGCCUUCCCUCAUGGGGACUACAGGGGGUCCUAUAUCCCCAGCAGCAGUUCCGGUGGUGUGUCACUCCGCGGGGGCCUGUAUUCUGGGGGCAGCGUCGGAUCCGUACCCAUCCUACUCACCAGUCUCCUUGAUAACCUGAGGCCGGAGCUGCUGGAUGAAGUGAAGGACGUCCUGAUCCCCGAGAGCCGCCUGAUCACACACCGCGACCGGAUAAUAGGGAAAGGUCAUUUUGGAAGCGUUUACCAUGGAAUGUACACAGACGAGGACGGCCACGAGCUGCACUGCGCUGUCAAGUCCCUCAACAGGAUCACGGAUGUGGAAGAGGUGGAGGAGUUUCUCCGGGAGGGGAUCCUGAUGAAGGGCUUUCAUCACCCCCACGUCCUGUCCCUCAUCGGAAUCUUUCUGCCGCGGGAGGGGCUCCCCCUGGUAGUCCUCCCGUACAUGUCCCACGGGGACCUGAGACACUUCAUCCGCAGCGAGGACCGGAACCCCACGGUGAAGGAUCUGGUCGGCUUCGGUCUGCAGGUCUCCCGGGGAAUGGAGUAUUUGGCGCAGAUGAAGUUCGUGCACAGAGACCUGGCCGCCCGAAACUGCAUGCUCGAUGAGGCGUAUAAGGUGAAGGUGGCGGAUUUCGGCCUCGCUCGGGAUGUGUUUGAUAAGGAAUAUUACAGCGUCCGACGUCAUAAAAACGCGCGUCUGCCGGUGAAGUGGAUGGCACUGGAGAGUCUACAGACCCAGAAAUUCACCACCAAGAGCGAUGUGUGGUCUUUUGGGGUGCUGCUGUGGGAGCUGAUGACACGAGGAGCCCCCCCAUAUCCAGAUGUGGAUCCAUAUGAUAUUACCCGAUACCUGUACAGGGGGAGACGUCUCCCACAACCAGAGUACUGCCCGGACCCCCUCUACACCCUGAUGCUGCAGUGCUGGAAUCCGCAUCCCGAGGAACGGCCGAGCUUCACCCAGCUGGUUGGUGACAUGGAGGUGAUCUCUAGCUCCCUGUGGGGCGACCACUACAUUAAUCUUAAUGUCACUUACAUCAACCUGGAACGCGACCAGUUCUACCCACCGGCGCCACCUGGCUCUGAGGAUGAGCUGCAGAACUUCAUUACUGACGAGGAGGAGGAUGAAGAGGAUGAGGCAAAUGGAAUGAUGUGAGCGUCAGGUGACGGGUCAGGAGGACGCUUCUCGUAGGACUCUCAGCAGAGCGGCGAGGCUUCAUCUACAGCAGAGUGAGUCCUCCUGCAGCUGCACUGACACACUGUUACUACUGCGCCUCAGUGAAACAGCUGGAGGUCCGGACAUUCAGACGAGAUGCACAAAGAAACUGCACUGUAAAGUUUGGAUGCAUCUUGUGUCACAGCAAAGUGCGGAGUCCGCUGCGCCUCGUGCCUCAGGAGCUUCUAAUGGACGGACACCGGUACCAUGUUCUGCGGGGGAGGGACCUUCGCCCUGAGAAAUAUUUUCUAUUGUUUUUUUUACUUUCUGAACCUCCAUAAUUCUAAUGUACAGCAGGCGAUUACUUACACUGUGACCGCAGGGCCCAUUGUGGGGGCGAUACUUGAAGAGCACAGGGUCAUACCCUCCAUGUAUAUAUCGCUACCAAGAGAAAUAUUUUUAUACAAAGAUUUGGGAAAAGAAACUUCUCGCCAAGUGAGGACUGUAAAUAAAGGAAAUUUACUUUCUUAUC